AUGUAUUUUGUUUUCACUUUUCAAUAUAUGCAAAUUCAGAGAAUAUGUUCGGUGGCUCGAAGGGAACUGGUACAGGAUUUACCUUUGGAUCAGUUUCAACUACAACAAAUACGACAACAGCAAGUACACAAGGAUCAGCGAGGCCGUUAUUUUCUUUCGGUAGUACUACGACAGCUCCUAUCGCAACUACCACACAAUCCUCUGGAUUUUCCUUUGGUACCACCUCGAAAUCAUCGUUAUUUAGUGGAACUACUACAAGUGUUGCCUCCACUACUGGUACCACAACUGGAUUUAGUUUUGGAUCCGCAACUAGUAAAAGUUUUACUUUUGUUUUUAUUUUUCUUUGUUUGA